CUUGGUGCAGAAUUUGUUUUGGGAGCGACGUCAGCAGUCGGGGCUGGAAUUUUCACCAACCCGAUAGAUGUAAUUAAAAUAAGACUUCAACUUCAAGGAGAGUUAGAGGCCCGAGGAUCUUAUAAAAAGUAUUACAAAAACACCUUUCAUGCCGGGUACAUGAUAGUAAAGCACGAAGGGAUUCGGGGAUUGCAGUCAGGAAUAGCUUCAGCUCUGGCGUUUCAAGUUGUCCUCAAUGGCAUUAGAUUAGGGUCUUACAAAAUAUCACGUACUUAUGGAAUCACUGUAAACGAGGAUGGACAGACGAAUAUUGUGAGCACCGCGUUAGUCAGUGGAUUAGCAGGGUGCGUUGGUGCCGUUUUAGGAAGUCCAUUUUACUUGGUAAAGACACAGAUGCAAGCUCAGACAGCUGAAACUUCAAUAGCUGUUGGGUUUCAACACGGUCAUGCAAGUGAAUGGUCAGCGUUUCAGUUACUUUGGAGAGAAGCUGGAUUUGCUGGACUUUAUCAACGUUGGUACGCAAAUAUUCCCCGGGUAUUUGUUGGAUCUGCUACUCAGUUAACAGCAUUUAGUUUAGUUGGAGAUUGGCUUAAAACUUUUAGUAUAUUUAAUGGACAUCCUUUGAUGUUAACAUUUUGCUCAGCAGUUAUUGGUGGUAGUUCGGUUGCACUGACAAUGCAACCAUUUGAUGUAGUCGCUACGAGACUUUAUAAUCAAGGUUCCGAUUCUAAAGGACAAGGAAUAUUGUAUAAAAAUUUUCUAGAUGCAUUAAUUAAAAUAAGUCGCACUGAAGGAUUAUAUGGAUUAUAUAAAGGAACGUUUCCUACGUGGAUGAGGAUUGCUCCACAUACUGUCUUGUGUUUAUGUUUUUAUGAACAUCUAGAGCGGAUUUAUGAUGAGCUAAUCGCUAAAAAAAUACUAGUGGAAUAUUUAAUUGGAGCGACGGCUGCGAUGGGCGCAGGAAUAUUCACGAAUCCGAUCGACGUGAUUAAAGUGCGGCUUCAAAUGCAGGGUGAAUUGUUACGCCAAGGAACAUAUAUACCGCUUUACAAAAGUACAUUUCACGCAGCUUAUGUGAUAGCUUCACACGAAGGAAUCGCUGGAUUGCAAUCAGGAAUCCGAUCGGCUUUGGCAUUUCAAGCUGUACUUAAUGGAAUUAAACAUACAAGUGAAUGGGCAGCUUAUAAAAGUCAUUGGCAGAAAGCUGGAAUUUCUGGAUUGUACAGGCAGUGUUUUGUCAACACUCCCAGGAUAUUUAACAGUGCUGCAAUUCAGUUAACGACUCUAAGUAUUGUUGGCGACUGGUUAAAGCCUAUUAAAACUUUCAGUGAAAAUCCAGUAUUACUGACAUUUUGCUCAGCUCUUGUUAGUGGAACUUGUGUCGCAAUUUUUAUGCAACCCUUCGACGUUAUAUCGAUACGACUAUACAACCAAGGCACAGAUUCCAGCGGAAAAGGCCUCUUGUAUCGCAGCUAUUUCGAUGCAUAUUACAAAAUAUUUAAAAUAGAAGGCUUCUUUGGCUUGUACAAAGGAGUCUUUUCCACCUGGAUGAGGAUAGGUCCUCAUACCGUUUUGUGCUUCUGUUUUUACGAACAAUUAGAACGUAUUUAUUGUCUUGUAGUGAAGUAA